AUGAAGAAAAUGUCCCGCAAGAACUUCCGCGGCGCUCCCCUGUUCUCAAGCAAGUCGAGCACUUCCACGACGUCGCAUGGCAGUAGCUCGUCGUCCCCUGGGCUCGGACCGAGCGCUGUGCGCCGUGCGACGUGGGCGGACAAGAUCCGGGACAAGCUCCCGCCGCUUGGCGAGAACGAGUACGAGGUGCUUUGGGAGCGAGGCGUGCUGGGCGUGAUCUUUCUCGAGUCGGAAAAAGAUGGGAUUCCGUACGUGUCGAAAGCCACCGAGUCGUGCAUUUCGCCCAUCGUGAGUCCAGGCGACAUUCUCAAGUUUGUCAACGUCGUGCGCUCGAAAGACCACUCGUUUUCCGACUUUUUCAAGAUCUUGGCCACGAUGAAGAAGCCCGUGCUACUGCGGUUCGAACGGCAGUCGGCCAGCACGCCCUCGUCCGAUGAAGACGAUGGCUCGCAGCUUUUUGGCGGGCCACGUGGCAGCUCAGCGAACAAUACAGGGAGCAAUAGUCGUCAGGAUGCAGCGCGACAAGAUGGACUGCGUGGUGACGAAGGGGGCCCGACUGGCGGGCUCACGAAAUCCCAUUCGGUGCUGCAGAAGGACCAGAAACCGCCCAAGCCAACGCGAGGCACGUUUUGGCGCACUGCUGGAACGAAAGAAUCUGCUGAUCGCGACCAUGCAGCGCAAGUGGUUGGACCGCGUGCGAUGAAUGGAGAAAAUGAACGCAUGGCUGCUUUGCAGGGACAGCAACGGGUGCCACGCAACAGAGACCAUCAGGUCUCGCCGCGGGAUAUUGCGUCGGCAAACGGAUCAGUAGAUCCGUCUUUGCAUUCGCCUCUGGGGCAACACGAGUAUCAGGUGUACUGGGAAACUGGGUUGUUGGGUUUGUUCUUUGGGGAGAAUCGGUCUACGAAUUUGCCUGUUGUAACAAGAUCGACUUCGAGUGCAAAUUUGGUCGUGCGACGUGCUGUUGCUGUCCACGAUACGCUGGUGUCAGCAAACGGUAUCAAGUCAGCCGACUACACGUUUGAGGCGUUCUUCGGUCGUCUCCAGCAGAUGAACAAGCCUGUACGGCUAGUGUUUAGGCGAAGACAGGCAGCAGAUCCAGCUGUUGUCAUCAAGCAAGGAGAUCAGCAAGAUGAGCAUCAGCAGCAGCAUGAGCAGUUGCAGCAGCAGCUUCAGCAGAGACAGGGGCAAAUGCAUGAGCAGAAUCAAAAACGCGAGCUGUUUGAAGCUCGAGAUUUGCAUGAACGUCAACAAGAACAGGAGCAGCGAGAACAACGUGAACAAAAGCAACGAGAGCAACAGAUUCGUGAACAAAAGCAACGGGAGCAGCAUAUUCGUGAACAAAAGCAACGGGAGCAGCAUAUUCGCGAGCAGAAGCAGCGAGAGCAGCAGAUCCGCGAACAAAAGCAACGGGAGCAGCAAAUCCUGGAGCAAAAGCAGCGAGAGCUGCAGAUUCACGAACAGAAGCAACGGGAGCAGCAGAUCCGCGAAGAAAAGCAGCGAGAGCUGCAGAUGCUGGGACAAAAGCAUCGGGAGGAGCAAGCACUGGAACAAAAGCAACGGGAACUGCAGAUUCAAGAACAACGUCAGCGGGAGGAGCAGGUUCUCGAACAACAGCAGAUUCUGGAUCAAAAGCAGCAGGAGCAGCAGAUUUUGGAAAAGAACCAGCGGGAGCAGCGGGUUAUUGGACAAAAGCAGGUGGAGGAUGAGGUUCGUAAGGAACAGCAACGAGAGCAGGAGUUACGUGACGAACAGCGGUGUCAACAGCCAACGGGAUCGCAUAAUCGAACCUUAUCCAUCACAGUGGACGCUCCUUCGUUGCCACCAACUUCGCCUGCAGAUGAGAGGAUACCAUGCCAUAACCGUACACCUAUUCCAAACGCGAAGCAUGCGUUGACUCCGCCACCACUUCCACCGUCUCCUCAAGUUCGGUUGGAAGCCAGCACCCACCCUCGUGAAGACCGCCGUGGUGCAAGUGGUCACGAGAUUACAUCUCCGCCAAGCUCCCCAGCAACAUUGAAAGGAAGCGAAAGCGCACGACAACGUGAGAGACCAAAAUGGAUUUCGAGCACUGAUUACCAAACGUCACCUAAAGCCAAUGGGUCACUACCAGUACAGAGUUCGGCAAGGUCAGACAGUUCACCGAGUGCGUUGCCGAUUAUUUACAAUUCUCCUAAGGUGAGCAGCUCGCCAUUGGUUUCACCAGUUUUUCCGUGUGUUGGAAGUGAGAUCGAGAAUGAAGUGGGUAAUUUGGCGUCGUCUUGCGACGCGGAAGUCCCUGACCAAGCGGCUGUCGCUCCCGUUUCCGCCGCGAAGGAAAGAGAGGCAGUUCAAUCGCCGAAGAGUAUCGCCCUCACCAAUGUCCACGAUAAACAAGAUUGCGAUACGACCGAAGAUCAGUGGAGCCAAAAGUCACCAACUGUUACUAAUGAAGAGGAGCCAGUGUUGUUUGUGGAUAACGAUACAGUCUCUUCGUCACCGACUGAAACGUUGGAUUCACCUAAGCACAUACCGUUGCCGGAAAUUUUGACGUUGGAGUCGGCUGAAGUAGAUAGCGGUGUCGAUGUCGGCGUACUGUUGUCACCUAACGCCGAGAUCGAUUUCGAAGGUGUCGUUAUGGCCGAAGCUGAGUUUGUUGAAGAGACGGAAGUCGUUGACGAGGCUGAACUAGUACAGGAGGCAGAGUUGAUCGACGAAGGCGAGCCUGCAAAUGCAGAAGUGGCGUACAAGGCUGGUCCGGCUAGAGGCGUGAAGCUUGCUUCGGAAACAGAGCUAUUGAUCUCGUCGCUACCUGCGAACGACUUGGCAGAAGACAGCAGUAAUCCGGUUGUGGAGGUGGGCAUGCUUGCCGGUGUGGAAAUGGGUAUUGCUGUCGAGGACACUGAGUCGGAAGUGUUGGAAAGUAUUGAGGCCGGAAGUGACCAGAAUACGAGUCCGUGGGAUCUUGAACCAGAAUCUGACGGUCAGAAGGCGUACCACUACAGUAGUAAUACUGCUACUUCACGUGACGGACCAACGUCUUCGAGCAGCGGGUGCAUACCGGUCGAUAACGAAAUGGACACCCCAAAGGGCGAUUUCGAAGACGUGUCCGACCCGUCGGAUGAGUUUUCACAUGACCCGGAUAUUUCUGGUGAUAUCGAUACUGUGGAAGGCGAUGUCAUGAUGCCGGAGAGCUCUAAAUCUAAGGUCGAUGCUGCAAACGUACCGAAACAAACCAAGUCAUCUAUGAACGCAAAUUUGGCCAAGUAUAAGAAGAAGGGUAAAAGCACUCGUGGCGUGACGAAACUGCCAGCACUUCAUGAAGAUGAUGCUGUCACAGUCCCCCUUGUCGCUCCAAAUGCUGUCAAUACAACCAUUCAAGUCCGUGGGCGGCCAAAACCCAAGCUGACGAUGGCGGAUACUCCUGAUAGCACGACGUUUCUCAUCAAGUGGAAGGAAAACCGGAGUAUUGGUUUACAGCUAAAGGAGGUACGUUUGGCCAAGGGCACCUACCCGCUUGUGACGGAUGUCUGUCAGAAGCCUUGUUGCGAGUUGUUGCGGCACGUUUGCGUGGGCGACGUAAUUAUCGAAAUCAAUGGCCGCAACACAUCUACGAUGGGGGUGAAAAAGACUGUCAAUUUUUUGAAGUCGUGUUCGAAGACGACUCUGAUGAAAAUUCGUCACGGACCGGCAUUUGUGAACCAGCGAGUGAGGGCAACGGUAUGA